ACAGAAGAAGAACCGCAUCCGACGGAAGCAGAGAGAGUAAACAAACACCGAUGGACCCGGAACAGUUCUGGUUCUGAACCCAGCUUCAGCAUGGAGAGUCCGGAGUUAUCUUUUACUUUAGCUUACCUAGUUCUUUCUGUCUGCUUCGUGUUUACUCCGGACGAGUUCCGGGCCGCCGGGCUGACCGUCCAGAACCUGUUCUCCUCCUGGCUGGGCAGCGAGGAUGUCGGCUUCAUCCAGUACCACCUCCGGAGGACCAGCUGUACCGUCCUGGUCCACUCUGCUCUGCCUUUAGGUCAGAUGAGUGACAACUGGAGGGCUUUUCUUCUUCUGUCUCUCUGCCUCCACGUCUUCAGCUGGAUGCUGGUCAUCUACUGGUCCCUCUGGGGCUGGCACCAUCAUCCCAUAAGCAGGGCGUUGCAGGCUCACGUCAGGCCUGCUCUUCCCAGCUGGGGCUCUGUUGCAGUCAGCGUCAACACAGAGUUCAGAAGAAUAGACAAGUUUGCAGCUGGAGYCCCGGGAGCCAGAGUUCUUGUCACAGACAGCUGGGUGUUAAAGGUCACAACUUAUUACGUCUACAUGGCCUUACAGAGUGAAUGUCAUGUGACUGUGACACAGUCCAGACAGCAUCAGCUAAGUCCUGAAUCAACCUCCCCCAUACAGCUGUUGACCCUGAGAGUAGAAAGCAUCAACCCUGCAGUCAGAUCUUUCAACAUUAGCCUUAACACUACAGAUUACGCUGAUCUCAGGGUGAUGCUCCAUGCUCCCAUCAGAACAUCUCCUAAUGUUGUGAUCCACCAAACCAUCAGCGACCUCUUCCUGGAAACCUUCAAAGCUCAGGUGGAGCUGAAUCAACCGUAYACACUUCCCAGUGGACAGGAAGUGGAGCCCUGUAUCGGCUGCAUGCAAGCUCCUGCAGGCACCAAGCUGGUCCGACUCUGCCAGGCUGCAGGAGUGGACAAUGCAUCAGAGUGCCAGAUGUGUUUCUGCAGACCAAUGUGGUGUUUGAUGUGUUUGGGACGAUGGUUUGCAAGUCGCCAAGACCAGCAAAGACCAGAGACCUGGUUGUCUACCAGAGUUCCCUGUCCCACCUGUAGAGCCAAAUUUUGUAUCCUAGACAUCUGUGUUGUUCAGUGAMAAAUAUAUAUAAAUAAACCCAGAAGGACGUUUAGAGCUUGAGAUAAGCYGCUGGUGUGUUUUCUAACAUAUUGAGCAAUAAACCCAUGAAAGAGUGGACAUUC